UAAUAAUGAAAAAUGUGAUGUCAGUCUAAGAGUUAUAAUGAGUAAUUUAAGUUUUUAAUAGAAAUUAGAAAAGUUGUUUGAAGGGAUGAAAAAAAAGAGAAAUUAUGCUUCGGGAGACGAAGUACGCUUGCGUUUGCAGGCUGCCAGGAAGUCUGCACCAACUACUGGUGGGGUGAAGAAACCCCACAGAUACCGUCCUGGUACUGUUGCUCUUCGGGAAAUCCGCAAGUACCAGAAGAGUACUGAACUUCUGAUCCGGAAGCUCCCCUUCCAAAGGCUUGUCAGGGAGAUUGCUCAAGAUUUCAAGACUGAUCUGCGUUUCCAGAGUCAUGCUGUUCUUGCACUCCAGGAGGCGGCUGAAGCUUACCUUGUUGGUCUCUUUGAGGACACCAACCUUUGUGCUAUCCAUGCCAAGCGGGUGACCAUAAUGCCCAAAGACAUCCAGCUCGCCCGGAGGAUCAGGGGUGAACGUGCUUAGAUAAUAAUGAUCAUACCAUCUCUUUGCCCUGUAAUUGUUCUGUGUCUUGACUUCUAUUUGGUGUCUCUCAUCUAGUUAAAUUAGUACCUAAUCUUUUGCUUAGUGGUUUUUAAAUGUUGGUGUCAAGGAUAUUAUUUUGUGUGUGAACUAAAGUGUCUAAUGUUUUCGGGGUCACACACCUGGUGUUAAACAAUGUUCAAUGCUCUUAAUUGUGUUUGUAAAAGCACUCCCAUGUGUUUCAUAAAUGAAAUUUACUUUGUUUU